UGUGGAAUUGUGGCUGUUGAAAAAUACAAAAUCAUAGCACAACCUUAUCCCUCCUCAAAUGCAUCAUCUUUGCUCUCUGUCACCUCAAACUCCAUUACCAACAACAACAAACAACUACUUUCACUUCUUCAAUCCCAAUAAUUCUACUACUAAUCAUGGUUUAUAUGGAAUUAAUUGGAGAUUUAAUCCACUAAAUAUGCUACCCAAAAGAGGCAUUUAUCAUCAAGGGUGGAUUAUUUCAUCAGCAAUGGAAAAUGAUUCAAAUUUUGAAGUGGACCAAGAUAAGGCUAGACAAGCUCUUAGUGAUCUUGACCAACAGCUUGAUUCUCUCUCCUCCAAACAAGUCAAUCCUCCUAAAAUUAGAGCCUCGAGUAUUGGCGAUUUGAAAGGGCAAGUGAGAGAUGAGCCACCAGAAAUAUCAGGAUCAUAUUUAGGAUAUACAGCAUUUGUUCUUUUUUUGUUCACAAUAUUUUAUAAUGUACUUUUCUAUACAGUCAUUAAACCUUCAGUCGAUGGACCAGAUGAAGAUAUUGCAUCUACUGAUGUUACUUUAACUUAUCAAACUCCCGAUGUAAUAAGCCAACCAUAACAAUAAAAACAUUUUAAUUUGAUAAUAUAAAGUUAAUAUUAUCUUAUUCGUUUAAUUUAAUAGCACCUC